UCCUCCUCCCGCAACAUUCAUGUCGUCCAUGAAUGCUCGCUUCAAAAACCUCGUAGGAUCGAAGCGCCGAUCGAGCAACAACGUCUCGCCCGCCGGCGGCAGCACUCAGAUUCCCCAGCCGCGACCCAGCUCGCUCUCGCCCUCCACCUCGAGCACCACCUCGCUGCCCUCGACCGCCAUGAACCCCCAGCAAAACCCGCUGGGACGCCCUCCCUCGUACACCUACGCUCCUCCGGGCGGUCUCGCUCCUGGCCAGCAGCAACAGGGCCGCCCGCACUCUCCACUGCCGCCCAUCCACACCGCCGGCGCCCCCCACGGCUACCCACCCCAACAGAUGUACCAGCAGCCCCCCCAGGGCCCGCCAGGCUACCCCCCUCCGCAGCCGCAGCAACAAGGUGGAUAUGGCGGAGGCUACGGUGCGCCGCCUCCAGCUGCCGCGCCCGCUCCCCAGGGCCCGCAGUCGUACACCAGACCGGGCGGGGCAGUCGAAGUCGAGGCAGCGGGACGGUCCAAGGCGCAGCUGAUUGUCGGCAUUGAUUUUGGCACCACCUUCUCCGGCGUUGCGUUUGCGUUUGCAACAAACACCGAGGCCAAGGAGGACAUCAUCACGGAAUGGCCAGGCGCGGGCAACCAGACCAAGCAGAAGAUCCCCACGGUGCUCUACUACGACCAGUACCAGAAGGUUGUUGGCUGGGGCCCAGACAUUGCUGAUGCCUUGGCCCCCACGGGCUACCCCAAGCCAGGCGUGCAGAAAGUCGAGUGGUUCAAGCUCCAGCUCAUGCUUUCGGGCAACACCUACAUCGAUCCUAUCAACCUGCCACCCCUUCCUCCGGGGAAGUCUGAGAUCGAUGUUGCCGCCGACUAUCUGUUCCACCUGCGCCAAGCGAUGCGAAACCAGCUGCAGAAGACGCUCGGCGAGGUCUUCAACCGAGAAGAACGCAACAUCAGAUACUACCUGACGGUGCCUGCCAUCUGGAACGAUGCUGGAAAGGCCGCCACGCGUGCUGCAGCAAUCCAGGCCGGCUUCCUGCGUGACGAGAAUGACAACAGGCUGACGCUGAUCACCGAGCCCGAAGCUGCGGCCAUGUUCUGUUCCAAGACUGGUCUUCUGAACCUAAAAAUGCACGACGCCGUGCUCAUUGUCGAUUGUGGUGGUGGAACCGUAGAUCUGAUCGCCUAUGAGGUGGAAGAAGAGCAGCCCUUCUCCGUUGCCGAAUGUACAGCUGGGUCAGGUGACUCUUGUGGUUCGACAGCCCUAAACCGCAACUUCAGCAACAUCCUGCGCGCCAAGAUUAGGAAGAUGAAGUUGCCGGACGGAUCCAAGACAGCUGGAAAAGUGUACGCAAAGUGCAUCAUGGACUUCGAGAACAGGAUAAAGGCCGACUUCCGAAACAACGGCCAGAAGUGGGCCGUGGAUGUGGGCAUCGAGGCCGAGUUCCCCGAAGCCGGCAUCGAGGAGGGGUACAUGACCUUCACGAACGAGGAGAUUUUGCAGUGCUUCGAGCCCGUAGUAAAUAGGAUUUUGGAAUUGGUCCGAAACCAGAUCAUCGCCAUUCAAGCGCAGAACCGGGCACUACAAAAUGUCCUGGUUGUCGGCGGUUUCGGUGCUUCAGAAUAUCUCUUCCAGCAAAUCAAGCUCCACGUCCCACCUCAAUUCCAGUCCAAGGUCGUCCGUCCUAUGGAUUCCGUCGCCGCUAUCGUCAAGGGCGCCGUCACCGCCGGUAUCACUGAACGUAUUGUGACCCACCGUGUCGCGCGUCGUCACUACCUCAUGGCCACUCUCCAGCCCUUCAAGGAGGGUCAUCACCCCGAGCAGUACCGUGUGCCGUCUCUCGACGGCAAGGACAGGUGCAAGUACACUCGCCAGAUCUUCGUCCAGAAGGGCCAGCGUGUUAAGAUCGGCGAGCCUGUCAAGGUCUCGUUCUUCCGACAGGUCGCGCCGGGUGCAACGCUCAUGUACGAGGAUAUCCUGUACGCUUGCGAUGACGAUGUGUGCCCCGAAUAUACUAAAGAUCCUCGUAUCAAGGAAGUUGUCACUCUCACCUCGGAUUUGUCCCGCAAGAACCUAGAGAAAGACUUUGAGCGCAUGGACACCCCACAGGGCACAUUUUACCGCGUCUACUUCGAUAUCUAUCUCACGCUCGAUGGUUCAGAGUUUAACGCCGAACUUGUGUGUCAAGGUGAGGUCAUGGGCCGCUGUUCUUCAAGGUUUAGGUAAAGCAUUAUCUGGUGGCAAGAGAAAAACGCGCGUUGUGCAUGCUGGAUAAUAGGUAGACGUGAUCUGCGUUGUAUCGGAAAGCAUAAUUGGAGGAAGCGCGGGAAAUGGAUUCUAUUGAUGUUGAUGAAGAGGCGAGAAAUUCUUCAAGCAUACCCCCAAACUCGUCGGAUUUCUUUUUGGUUGGACGUUGGCAAGCGAGGUAGCAACAGGCCAUGGGCCCCUCACCCUACGUUCCAUGCCACCGCGCUUACGUGGCGGUGGCAUGUUCGGUCUCGGGGAGUAUGUUUCUGUCUGUUCAUAAUCCGAUGGCGUGUGCGGCGAUAUUACAGCG